AUGGUUCAUCAAUCUCCACCGGUUUGUGAAGGUUGCAGAGCUGAUCAUAAUACUACCCACUGCCCUCUGGCGUCUACACAUGUUAACCAAUCUGAAGAAAUGAGCUAUGCGCAGAACUUUCAGAGACAACAAAAUAGUCUCUUCUCCAACACAUUUAAUCCGAGUUGGAGAAAUCAUCCAAACUUUUUGUGGUCGAGCAAUCAGGGACAAGGACAAGGAGGUAACAAUCUAAAUAAACCAUCGGGGUUCCAACAGCAGCAACAACAGCAAGGAAAGAAACCAUCUUUAGAAGAUUUGCUGGCUCAGUAUAUUACUAAAACUAAGACCAAUUUCCAAAAUCAACAGGCCUCAAUCAAGAACCUGGAACAACAUGUGGGACAGAUUGCAGCCGCAUUAUCAGGUAGAGCUCAAGGGACGUUACCUAGCAACACCGAGAUAAACCCUAAGGAGCAGGUCAAAGCCAUAACUACACGGAGUGGAGUCCAGCUACCAGAAAUACAUGUAAAGUGGCCAGCAACUAUCACAGAAAAGACACCUACAACGGGUGAAGAGCAAGUUGAUGAAUUAGACAAAACAACAGAGGAAAAUCAAAUCGAGUCAUUGGGCAGUCCACGAGUUAAAACAAGCACUCUUGUCAAAGCAUAUGUACCUCCAAUCCCAUUUCCACAGAGACUACAAAAACAUAAGAUAGAUAAGCAAUUUCAGAAAUUUUUUGAUGUAUUUAAGAAGUUGCACAUUAACAUACCGUUCGCUGAAGCCCUAGCUCAAAUACCCAGCUACGCUAAGUUUAUGAAAGACAUCUUAUCAAACAAGAGGAAGCUAGAAGACAAUGAAACGGUCAUCCUUACUGAGGAGUGCAGCGCAAUUCUCCAACAGAAAUUACCACCGAAACUAAAACACCCAGGGAGUUUUACUAUUCCUUGUAAUAUUGGUAAUUUGUAUAUAGAUAAGACAUUAUGUGAUUUAGGAGCUAGCAUCAAUUUAAUGCCCUUAUCUCUUUUCAAGAAACUAGGGUUGGGGAAAGCAAAAACGACUACAAUUUCACUGCAGUUAGCCGAUAGGUCAAUCAAGCACCCGCAAGGUAUUUGUGAAGAUAUUUUGGUCAAGGUCGAUAAGUUUAUCUUCCCAGUGGACUUCAUUAUUCUGGAUAUGGAAGAAGAUCGGGACGUCCCCCUCAUAUUGGGUCGCCCAUUUUUGGCUACGGGAACUGCUCUGAUAGAUGUGCAAAAGGGUCAGUUAAUAUUGAGGGAAGCAGUGUCAGAGACAUUAAAACUUGAUCACCCUCAAGAUCUGCUUGAGGCUUGCUUGGUGCAUUCUCAGGAAUUGUCAUCGGAAAAAGAUGAAGCAAAAGAGUGUGCACGUUAUUUGGCAGCCAUACCACCACUUUUCAAGCAGCCAUGUUUGGAGCUCGGUGAAAGACCCACAAAUCCUUUACCAUCUAUACAACAAGCUCCAACUCUUAAACUCAAACAGUUGUCCAUUCAUCUGCGCUAUGCGUAUCUAGGGGAAAAGAAUUCGCUCACAAUAAUUAUCUCAAACAAUCUUACAGAAUUAGAGGAAAAUCAGCUGCUAAGAGUACUUCGGGAGCACAAGACAGCAUUAGGAUGGACGAUAUCAGACAUAAAAGGAAUCUGCCCUUCGCUUUGCAUGUACAAGAUAUUGAUGGAAGAUGAUUACAAAGCUUCAGUUGAGCAUCAACGCAGAUUAAACCUGAAUAUGCAGGAAGUGGUAAGAAAAAAAGUAUUAAAGCUUUUGGAUUCAGGGAUAAUCUAUCCCAUAUUAGACAGCCAUCGGGUCAGUCCAGUACAAGUAUUGUCGAAAAAAGGAGGAAUCACGGUGGUCCCAAAUGAAAAUAACGAGCUCAUCCCUACACGGACAGUCACUGGUUGGAGAGUCUACAUUGAUUAUCGCAAACUCAACAACGCUAUCAGGAAAUAUCACUUUUCCCUCCCUUUCAUUGACCAGAUGUUGGAGAGAUUCGCUGGACAUGCCUACUACUGUUUCUUAUAUGGUUAUUCGGGGUACAACCAGAUUUCUAUAGUACCUGAUGAUCAAGAGAAGACAACAUUUACAUGCCCUUAUGACACUUUUGCUUAUAGGAGGAUACCCUUCGGCCUUGCAAUGCUCCAGCCACCUUUCAGCGUUGUAUGA